AAUUCCUAGCUGUCGUUGAUGACGCAGUCAAAGGUGGACCAGCGCGUUCCCUUCCAACUGCUUGACUUUAUAGUAUUAUUACCUACAUUUAUCCACUAGUUGAACGCAAAGGUGGUGAUGGCUGCUCCGCUGAAAGUAUGUAUCGUUGGUUCAGGAAACUGGGGCUCUGCAAUUGCAAGGAUUAUUGGCUCCAAUGCACAGAAACUCCAGUGCUUUGCCACAACAGUCAAGAUGUGGGUGUAUGAAGAAAUGGUCAAUGGCAAAAAGCUUUCCGAGAUCAUCAACACAGAGCACGAGAAUGUCAAGUAUCUUCCAGGCUACAAACUCCCAGAGAAUGUGGUUGCUGUGCCGCAGCUUCAGGAUGCCGCAGAUGGUGCCGACCUCCUGGUUUUUGUGGUCCCUCACCAAUUCAUCCGGAAACUGUGUGAUGAGAUGGUCGGCUGUGUUUCGGAGAAGGCUCGUGGAAUUACACUAAUCAAAGGAAUAGAUGAAGGACCAGAAGGAUUGAAGCUCAUCUCUGACAUCAUCCGGGAAAAAAUGGGCAUCGAUGUCAGCGUCCUAAUGGGGGCCAACAUUGCCAAUGAAGUGGCGGCUGAGAAGUUCUGUGAGAGCACCAUUGGUAGCAAGGUGUUGGAGAAUGGCCUCUUGUUCAAAGAGCUCCUGCAGACGCCUAACUUCAGAAUCACCGUGGUGGAUGAUGCUGACACGGUAGAGCUCUGUGGAGCCCUUAAGAACAUUGUUGCAGUGGGUGCAGGCUUCUGUGAUGGUCUGCAGUGUGGAGACAACACCAAAGCAGCCGUCAUCCGGCUGGGCUUGAUGGAGAUGAUCGCUUUCGCCAAACUCUUCAGCAAAGACGACUCUGUAUCCUCUGCCACCUUCCUCGAGAGCUGCGGCGUGGCUGACCUCAUCACCACCUGCUAUGGAGGACGAAACCGUCGCGUGGCAGAUGCUUUUGCCAGGACAGGGAAGAGCAUCGAGGAACUGGAGAAGGAGAUGUUAAAUGGACAAAAGCUUCAGGGACCAUUGACUUCUGCUGAGGUCUAUCAUAUCCUCAAACAGAAGGGCCUAGUGGAUAAGUUCCCCCUGUUCACGGCUGUUUAUCAUAUCUGUUUCGAGGGCAAACCAGUUCAGGAGAUGAUCACUUGCCUGCAGAGCCAUCCAGAGCACCUGUGAGUGUCUCACAGGGACACGGUGCCCCCCUUCUCUACCACCAUCCCCUAUGGUCUGUUAGGUUGUCCUACCUCUAACACUUUUAUAUACACACACAAUGUUAUAUUUUUAACUUUUUACUUUUUGUCCCAGGUCCAGUUCUACACUAAUGGUUAGGCUUGAACUCAGGGGUUUGCUUCUGAGCUAGUAGGUUUUGUUGUUAUCAUACAUGACAGCCAUGUUGUUAUCUAUGGAAGAUGUUUCCGCCAUGGAAUAAAACAAUUUGAAGGAUAAUUGCUACUUUUUCUCUCACGAUACUGACUUUGCCUUCAGAACUGUGUGAUAUAAACUCGCAAUUGAGAAAAAAAUCAGUCUUUUUUCACUCAGAAUUGGACUUUAUAACUCAUAAUUGCGAGUUUAUAUCUCACAAUUCUGACAAUUCUUUUUUAUUUUUUUAUUCAGUGGCAGAAACAAGCUUCCAUAGCCACGCCAUUAUGGAGUUUUUAACUAUUUUCUCUCUGUCUGACUGCCCUCUUGUGGAUGGUCCACAAUAUCACCUCACUGACAGAUGAGAUGAAACGCCUCUUUUUUUUCUUCUUCUUCUUUUUAUUAAAUGACCAUAGAGAUCUAAUCAUAGAGGCUCACUCCACGUCCACAUUGAAAGCAACAUGACACGACUAGAACGCCUCCGCUAUAAUCAAUGAAGUACUUGCAUGUUAAGAUCCUGUCAAACCAGCACAAUACCACUAUACUUAAUAAAACAUAAAACUUGGGGGAGUUUUUGAUACUUUUACACAUCGUUCGACACAAGGGCACAAGCUAGGUUUAAUAUACUUAGGUUUAAGUAUACACAUUCAUUAUUUUAGUUCUGAUUGCUAAGUUUCAUGUUUAUAAAUGUUGAAGCUGCCAUUUUAACCUAAAGUUUUGGGACAUAUUAGAUUUAGAUUUCUUUAAAUGUGAAGAUGCCUUUCAACUCCUUACUGGUCCGGAACAUUUCUCAGACAGGUCAAAUAAUACUUGAAUGGACUCACUUUGGGUUUGUGGUUGUUUUGUUUUAAACUUUAAUAUAUUCUAUAAAAGGGGCUCAAGUCUGUCAUCUCAAUUUCCCAGCAACCCCUUUUUAAGACUAAGUGCUUUCAAGACAGUGGGAACAUGAAAACUUAUUACAGAAUGGCAUUGUUGACUAACUUUUAUCGUGUUAGUGUUAAAAUAAUGCAAUGUUACAUAUCUAAGCUUUGAGAAUACAUUAAAAUCUUGUUAUAAACUCCUAGUCAUUGAUGCCCUAGGUAGUAAUCAUUUUAGCAUCCUGAAAAGCUGAACAACAACAAGUUCACAUGUUACUGUUUUGGUAUUCACAUCUGUAUGAAUGAAGAAUAGCAUUAACAUACUUAAUUUGUAGUUGUACUAUGACAAGAAUGAAGGAAUGAUUUGGUAAGAUCUGUAGUUUUCAAAGGAAGGGAGUGUGUUACUAGAGCAGCUAGUGUUUGAAUCCAUGAUGGCCUUUUUUAGCACUGUACUGUGCUUAUAGAUCUGUUAGCUCAUACCUAACACAAAAUGUUUAGCUCUUAGCAUGUAUCUGUUACAGUGUUUCAUAUUAUCCCUGUGUUGUUUUUAUUUUUCAGUGUUCAUGCAAAAGUUUGAAUCAUACAAGUAUUAAACUGUGCAAAUGUUGCAGUGUGCUCAGUGUAACACUCCAGUGGAUUAACUAUAUAAAACCACUCCAUGUUGUUUUAUGAACCCGUCCUGUAUCAUCUUUGCACAUUGUUCUAAAAAUGUCAUCAACGCUGAACAAAUGCUGCUUUUUGAAAUUAACCAAUAAAAUGAUGUCCGUGCUAAA